GCGCCUAACAGUUAACUGCUCACUUACCGGCAAAAUAAUAAAAAUAACACCUUCAAUUUUUAAAGUUUCUAAUUUUUUAAUGUAGUUUUAAGCACAUCAUUGCGACAAGAAUAGUUAAUUUUAAUUGAAAGUAGACAAGGUUUUAUGAAUGUGAUAAGUGUAAACAGCAAAGAAGUUGGUCAGUAAAAAUGUCUACUCCUUCGAAAAGACCGUCAUCAAGAGCAUCGUCUGAUGCUCCUACGCCGUCACGAAGGACGCGAUCAUCACAACAACUUAUUGUACCCGAAACUCCACAGCGUUCUAGUGGAACACCCUCUAAAAAUGGCACUCCAGGAACACCUCGUGGUACCCCACGAACACCAACUCAUCAGCCCCCAGGGACAUCUCCAGCUCAAACUCUGGCUUCUAGCCCUAUGGGACUUGAUAUUGAAAUGAGCUCUCCAUUAAAUUAUGGCACACCAAGUUCACUAAGCACUCCUCGUUCUCUAAUGAGGGGUGCUAUGACACCAGCCAGACAGAGAGCAGACUUGAGAGGUCAUCAGCAAGGUCGCAAUGUACCAGCACCAACACCUCCCAGAAGUGGAGAAACAGUCCAACCAGAAACAUCAAGUGAGCCUCAACUAGUGGUUUGGGGAACUGAUGUAGCAAUUGCUGAGUGUCGGGAGAAAUUUAUUAAGUUCAUACAAAGAUAUGUGGAGCCCACAGCAGUUACUAAUGAAGCACUGUACGAGUUGAAGUUGGAAGAGAUCCAUACACUUGAAGAGCCCUUCCUGGAUGUUGACUGUGAACAUGUCAAGGUUUUUGACAAUAAACUGCACAGACAACUUGUAUGCUACCCUCAGGAGGUAAUUCCAGCUUUUGAUGCAGCAGUAAACGAGUUGUUCUUUGAAAAGUAUCCGGCUGCUGUGUUGGAACAUCAGAUACAAGUGAGGCCAUUCAAUGCGCCCCAACGUCACAUGAGGGAUUUGAACCCAGAGGACAUUGACCAGCUGGUGACGAUAUCGGGCAUGGUGAUCCGAACGUCCAGUAUCGUGCCUGAGAUGCGCGAGGCCUUCUUCAAAUGCGCGGUGUGCGGCGCUGCGGCGGUGGCUGAGCUGGAACGAGGCAGGGUGCCGGAGCCGAGUCACUGUGGACACUGCAACACAGCACACAGCUUCCAACUCAUACACAACAGGUCACACUUCAGUGACAAGCAGCUGGUCAAGUUGCAGGAGUCACCGGACGACAUGCCGGCGGGGCGUACGCCGGCGACGGUGUCGGUGAUGUCGCACGGCGCGCUGGUGGAGGCGGUGGGCGCGGGCGAGCGCGUGCACGUGACGGGCGUGUUCCGCGCCGCGCCCGCCGCGCUCAACCCGCGCCGCGCCACGCUGCGGGCGCUGCACCGCACGCACCUCGACGCGCUGCACUACCGCCGCUCGCACGACAACACGCUGCACAACAUGGACGACGACAAACAGCAUCAGUUCCCACCAGAGCGUGUUGAAAUGUUCAAAGCACUGGCAUCACAACCCGACAGCUACGAACGUCUUGCACGAGCCAUUGCACCAUCCAUAUACGAGAACCUGGAUAUCAAGAAAGGUGUACUUCUACAGUUGCUUGGAGGUACCAAGAAGAAUUUUAACGCCGCUGGUCGGACACAUUUUAGGUCAGAGAUCAACAUCCUGCUGUGCGGUGACCCUGGAACCAGCAAGUCUCAGCUGCUGCGGUGGGUACACGCCCUGGUUCCUCGCGCGCAGUACACCUCAGGGCGGGGCUCGUCGGCCGUCGGUCUCACCGCCUACGUCACCAAGGACCCGGACACUCGCCAGCUGGUGCUGCAGACGGGGGCCCUAGUACUUGCGGACAAUGGAAUAUGUUGUAUCGAUGAGUUUGACAAGAUGAAUGACUCCACCCGGAGUGUGCUUCAUGAGGUAAUGGAACAACAGACCCUUUCUAUAGCGAAGGCCGGUAUAAUAUGUCAGCUGAAUGCCCGAACUUCGAUCCUAGCAGCAGCCAACCCUGCCGAGUCGCAGUGGAACAAGAACAAAACUAUUGUGGAGAAUGUACAGCUGCCACAUACUUUGAUGUCAAGGUUUGAUCUAAUAUUCUUAGUGCUGGACCCACAAGAUGAAGUGUUUGACAGAAGACUUGCUACUCACCUUGUCUCCCUCUACUACAAGGACCCCUCAGACACUCAAGAACACGAAGAUGACAUUAGUAUGAGCGUGAUGCGCGACUACAUCGUGUUCGCCAAGGAGCAGGUGCAGCCCGUACUGUCUGACGCGGCGCAGCAGCGGCUGAUUGACGCUUACGUCGACAUGAGACGAGUGGGCAGCGGGCGCGGUCAGAUAUCGGCGUACCCGCGCCAGCUGGAGUCGCUCAUACGGCUGGCGGAGGCACACGCCCGCCUGCGGCUGUCGUCCACCGUGGAGCUGGCUGACGUGGAUGAGGCGGCGCGUCUUCACCGAGAAGCCUUAAAGCAAUCUGCGACGGAUCCGGCUUCGGGGCGCAUCGACGUGGGCAUCCUCACGACCGGGCUGGGCGCAGCUGGCCGCAGACGCCGCGCUGAGUUGGUCACCGCCAUCAAGCAGCUCAUCCAGCCGCACCGCAAGCCGCACACGCUCACGCAUUCCAAGCUGUUACAGGAGAUCAACGCCACCUCCCAGAUCAUGGUGACACGCGAGCAGCUCGAUGAAGCUCUCAGAGACCUGCAGGAUGAGGGGAAAGUUGUCGUGGUCAGCCACACACACUUAAGACUUUGUUGAUAUCCUUACCAGUUACAAUCAUGUUAUGUUAGUAAAAGGGAUUUCUAGCUCUAAAUACAAAUAACGAAUUCAAAAUAUAAUUUACUCUGAAGCCGGGUCCGCUGUGCCGUGUUUUCGUGUUUGUUAACACAAUCACAUGUUUUAUAAACCGAUUAGGGGCGUGGCUUAACAAUUUUGUUAAAUAAAACCUCUUAACAAGUUUACCGCGAGAAAUCUUAAGUCUAAAGAUGAUGAUGUUACUCAUUUUCGAUGAAAUGAAACAAAAAGAGGUGCAGCGGAAGAGCUGUUUUGCCAACUUGUUUUGACAAAAAAGUUGCGCAGCGAACACGAGCUUAGAACUAUUUGAUAAAUCAAAAUCAAUACAUCAAAAUGCUCAAGUUAUCGCUCCCAUACUCUAACAAUAAAUAAGCUUCUAAAAGCUAAAUAAAUAUCAAUUCAUCCACUCUAUCCUACCAAGUAUCUAUUGUGUAAGACUGUUGUUGUUUAUGUUUAAUAAAUGUGAAUGAAAUUGGAUAAACAAAAGUUUAAGUUUUAUUCCAUAUGAUUAAGAAUGUGAUUUUUUGUAAUAAAACAAAAGUUUUCAAAAA